CUAUCUUGUAUCAUACUCUACCUCAGUCAUGCACAAGACGUCAAGCUGAACGGCCUUACAUUUACAGAGCGUAUAUGCUGAAAGAUUGCACUAAAAAAAAACUAUAAGCUAAAUUACAAUGUCAGUGAUAAAAGGAAUCACAUUAGAGGAAGAAAUGAAAAAGAAUCCUCAAUUGAAGCUAUCCGAUAUACAAUCAUUGAGAGAAUGGUGCGAGAAACAAGCACAUUUGCCAAAAAUUGAAGAUAGUUUUCUCGCUUUGUUUCUUCAUAGCAAUUAUUAUCAAAUAGAAGCAACAAAAAACACAAUUGAGAAUUAUUACACGACUAGAACGCAUUUACCAGAAUUUUUUUGUAAUCGUGAUCCGUUUAAGGAAAAAGAGCUACGACAAGCCUUCAAAGUCAUGGGCAUUUUUCCUCUGAGUGGUACAACGAAGGAUGGCUAUAAGAUGCUAUAUGGAACAUUUCUGGAUGCCGAUCCUUCUCACUAUGUCUUCAAUGACGUUGCCAAAUAUGCCACAAUGUUAAUGGAUACAUUGUUUCUAACGUAUGGUACAAAUAAUGGUUAUGUCCUCAUUUUUGAUGAGAGUAAAUUGUCUUUUGGUCAUGUCACGCGAGUAAAUCCGUUAUCAGCCAAGAAACAUUUAUACUAUAUCCAAGAAGCAGCACCGUUGCGUCUAAAGGGAAUCCAUCUCAUAAACUCGCCACCCGCGAUGGAAAUGUUAAUGAAUAUUAUCAAGCCAUUCAUGAAAAAGGAGUUAAUAGAUUUGAUACAUUUUCAUUCUUCAUUUGAAAGUAUUUCCAAAUAUAUCCCAGUAGACGCGCUGCCAAAUGAAGUGGGUGGAAAAGGAGGUUGUACACAAGAAUUAGCCGAAAUUCAAGUGAAGCGCUUCAAGGAUUAUCGUGAAUGGUUCCUGUUAGAUGAAACAACUAGACGCGUUAAUGAAGCCUUGAGAAUUAACAAGAGCAAAUCAGCGAGUGAUUUAUUCGGUGUGGAGGGUAGUUUUAAAAAACUCGAUAUAGAUUAAUGAAGCUUUAUAAUCUCAUAUGAUUUAUAGCUAAUCCUUAUCUAUAUUUUCAUGCACUUUUUUCUUGUAAUAUUAUUUUGCACUUUGUAAUGUUUUAUGGUUAAUGCAUUGUUUAUCUAUCAGAAUUAAAAAACUUCUUUAUGCAAAAAUGUCAUAUUUGCUAUAAUUUAUUAGUAAUUCUUAUAAUAUUAUAUAAAGUAUUGCAGAAUCAAUAUACCAUUAUAGAAAUAAGAAUUUAAUAUAAACACAGAUUGUAGCAACAUUACAUAUCGCAAAGACAUUGCAAAGAUCUUCUGUGCUACUGUGACUAACAAUGUUAUAGCAACGUUUGUGAAAAAUAAUAUCGUAUGCUUUACUCACAAACUGUACUGUAUCAUCAAAUAAAAGCAGAAUUCUACUCUUUGUAAUUAAAAAAUCACAUAAAAUAGAAUAAAAGGCAGCAUCUUGAGAAUA